AUGUCGGAGGCGGUUAAGGACGACGAGUACACGAUCAAGCCUCAGGCGACCGCGCCGGCUGUCGAUACGAGCAACUGGCCUCUUCUCCUGAAGAACUUCGACAACUUGCUCAUCCGCACGGGUCAUUUCACGCCCAUUCCCCACGGCAGCUCGCCGCUGCGUCGCGAUCUCAAGUCCUAUGUCAGCUCGGGUGUGAUCAACUUGGACAAGCCGUCGAACCCGUCGAGUCACGAGGUGGUGGCAUGGGUCAAGCGCAUUCUCCGCGUCGAGAAAACUGGCCACUCUGGUACUCUGGAUCCCAAAGUCACUGGCUGUCUGAUUGUCUGCGUUGACCGCGCCACUCGCUUGGUCAAGUCCCAGCAGGGUGCCGGUAAGGAGUAUGUGUGCAUAGCCCGCCUUCACGGCCGUGUGCCUGGUGGUGAGCCGCAGGUGGCCCAGGCUCUCGAGACCCUGACGGGUGCGCUCUUCCAGCGUCCGCCUCUUAUCUCGGCCGUCAAGCGGCAGCUGCGUAUCCGCAGUAUCUAUGAGAGCAAGGUGAUCGAGUUCGACAACGACCGUGGUCUUUUCGUCUUCUGGGCCAGCUGCGAGGCCGGCACGUACAUGCGUACGCUUUGCGUCCACCUGGGUCUGUUGCUCGGCGUCGGUGCUCACAUGCAGGAGCUGCGCCGUGUCCGCAGUGGCGCCAUGGACGAGACCAAGGACCUCGUGACGCUGCACGACGUUCUCGAUGCUCAGUGGCUGUACGACAACACGCGCGACGAGUCCUACCUCCGCAAGAUCAUCCAGCCCCUCGAGUCGCUUCUGACGGGCUACAAGCGCCUUGUCGUUAAGGACAGUGCCGUCAACGCCGUCUGCUACGGUGCCAAACUGAUGCUUCCGGGUCUUCUGCGCUAUGAAACUGGCAUUGAACACCACGAAGAGGUUGUCCUCAUGACCACCAAGGGCGAGGCCAUUGCCAUUGGUAUUGCACAGAUGUCCACUGUCGAGAUGAGCACCUGCGAUCACGGCGUUGUUGCCAAGGUGAAGCGCUGCAUCAUGGAGCGCGACCUCUACCCCCGGCGGUGGGGCCUCGGCCCCGUGGCGGCGGAGAAGAAGAAGCUCAAGGCAGAUGGCAAGUUGGACAAGUUUGGACGGCCGAAUGACGCGACACCGGCCAAGUGGGCGGAUGGCUACGUUGACUACUCGAAGCCGGGUACGGGUGCACCAAGCUCUGAGGCUCCGGCAACAGAGGCAAGCGCUCCUGCUGCGGCGACGCCCUCCAAGGCUGCGGCUGUUGAGGUUGCCGAGACGCCGGCGACAGAGGACAAGGACAGCAAGAAGCGCAAGAAGCACGAGGGCGAGACUGCUGAGGAGAAGGCAGAGCGCAAGCGCCGCAAGGCCGAGAAGAAGGCCAAGAAGGCUGCUGCUGGCGAGGACAGCGACUGA